UGGCGACGAAAAACACAUAUAUCAAAACUUACUAACAAAAUAAAUUUUCCAAAAUUAAAACCGUCCGGUGUUAUGAAAAUAAGAAACCGCGAAUUCGAGCUGUGAGGUGCGAUCGAUCGAUCGAACGAGCAAAGCUCCAGGACGUGGACUGAGCAGAUUUGGGCUCCAACAUGUGGGCGACAACCGUCUCCUUACCUUCAAUUUCAAAUCUUCGGGGACCCGUUUUUCCGAAUAAUCCGCUUGUCGCUUCCAAUCGCCCAUCUCUGAAUCUUCGAGCUUCUUUCUUUGAUUAUCCUCUUGCCAGUAGACUCAUGGUUAGAAAUUUACCAUACUCCACCAAUGAGAGUCGACUGCAAGAAGAAUUUUCAAAUUUUGGUGAGAUUGCUGAAGUGUUGUUAGCAAAAGAUCGAUCAACAAAAAGACCAAAAGGAUAUGCGUUUAUUCAAUACACUUGCCAAGACGAUGCGAUGCUUGCACUGGAAAAUAUGGAUUGCAAGAUAUUUGAUGGAAGGACGAUCUAUGUGGAAAUUGCAAAACCUGGUAGCGGUUCCUUUGGAGGAUACCCAAGAACCUCUGGACCCCCAAAAGAGCGGCCUAACGUGGAGCAAGAAGAUAUAGCAGAUUGUUGGUAUUGAGCUUCCUUUUUCUGAGAAGCACAAUAUUUAUAUAGGAAAGAGAUGGCUUGACAGUUAAUGACAGUUAUGCCCAAUGAGAUUUAGAUCAAUUUCAAAGAAUCUAUGAGUGUUGAAGUGUUUGCUGAGAUGGAUUCAUUUCAUUUAUUUUCAUAGUUCCAAGCGUUAGAUGCUGAUAAGAUUGUGAAGCUCUUCUCCUGUAUUUUGUAACAGGAACAAAAUAUCUGUAUUUGUAAAUACACUGUUUAGGACACUUUACUGCAUCUCGCAGUGCGUAUUGCUUUUUGUAGCGUUGCAAUUCAGAUUGUGGAAUAUGCGGAAAUUCGUAAAGCAAA